CGACAGUUAGGCCACGACGUAGACAAAGUGGAGUUCAUUGUCAUGGGAGGCACAUUCAUGGCUCUUCCUGAGGAUUACCGUGAUUACUUCAUCCGCAAUUUGCACGAUGCACUUUCCGGCCAUUCCUCUACCAGCGUAGAGGAAGCUGUCAGUAUUCUGAACGUAGCAACACUACAUGUAUUGGCAUAACCAUAGAGACCAGACCUGACUACUGUCUAAAGCGACAUUUGUCUGAUAUGCUCAAGUAUGGCUGCACAAGACUAGAGAUCGGAGUCCAGUCAGUUUAUGAGGAUGUGGCAAGAGAUACUAACAGGGGGCACACUGUGAGAGCAGUAAGUGAAAGCUUCCAGUAUUCGAAGGAUGCAGGGUUCAAGGUUGUGUCCCACAUGAUGCCUGAUCUACCCAAUGUUGACUAUGAACGAGACGUAGAACAAUUUAUAGAAUUCUUUGAAAAUCCUGCAUUCAGAGCAGAUGGCCUGAAAAUUUACCCAACUCUUGUUAUAAGAGGUACCGGUUUGUACGAGCUUUGGAAAACUGGGAGAUACAAGAGUUACCCACCUAAUACAUUGGUUGAUUUGGUUGCUACAAUUCUGUCCCUUGUACCUCCGUGGGUGCGUGUGUACAGGGUUCAGAGGGACAUCCCCAUGCCGCUAGUAAGUUCUGGAGUUGAACAUGGCAACUUGAGGGAGUUGGCACUGGCCCGCAUGAAAGAUCUGGGAACUGUGUGUAGAGAUGUUCGCACACGCGAAGUGGGAAUUCAAGAGAUUCACCACAAAGUCCGACCAUAUGAGGUGGAAUUAAUCCGACGAGAUUACACAGCAAAUGGUGGAUGGGAAACUUUUCUGUCGUACGAAGAUCCUGAACAGGAUAUCUUAGUAGGACUUUUGCGACUGAGAAAAUGCUCUGAUCAGACGUUCAGACCUGAAUUAGUCGGAGGGGUCUCAAUUGUUAGAGAGCUUCAUGUAUAUGGCUCUGUUGUACCUGUCAGUUCCCGCGAUCCACGAAAAUUCCAGCAUCAGGGCUUUGGCAUGUUGCUCAUGGAGGAGGCGGAGAGAAUUGCGAGGGAGGAACAUGGAUCCAAGAAAAUUGCUGUGAUAUCAGGGGUAGGCACCCGUAACUACUACCGAAAACUGGGCUAUGAAUUGGAUGGGCCUUACAUGUCUAAGAGCUUGUGAAGUUUGCAGCGUUGAAGGCGUCUCCUCUGACAUUAAGCUCCUUUAUUGAACAUUAUUGUUUUAAUGGAAGUUUAUUUAUUGUAAAGCAUAAUAGAGGACAAAACAUUCUGUUGAUAAUUCUGAAAUAUAUAUUCCCAAGAUGGUCU